AUGGCAAACCCAGUAGUUUUCUUUGACAUGACCAUCGGUGGGAAACCUGCCGGCCGUAUCGUGAUGGAACUGUUUGCCGAUUGUGUACCUCGUACUGCUGAGAACUUCAGAGCACUUUGUACCGGAGAGAAAGGAGUUGGUCGGUGUGGAAAGCCAUUACACUACAAGGGGUCUAUUAUUCACAGAGUGAUGCCUGGAUUCAUCUGUCAAGGAGGUGAUUUCACUGCUGGGAAUGGUUCUGGUGGUGAAUCAAUCUAUGGUGCUAAGUUUCCUGAUGAGAACUUCGUGAAGAAGCUUACUGGGCCUGGAAUUUUAUCCAUGGCUAACCUUGGUCCUGAUACUAAUGAAUCUCAGUUUAUGAUCUCUUUCGAAAGUCGUCCUUCUCCGUAUAACCCUUUCGGCAGGCAUUUCUUUUUAGAUGGGAAACAUGUUGUUUUUGGACAAGUUGUUCAAGGUAUGAAUGUUCUUAAAGCUAUUGAGAAAGUUGGAAGUGCGCUUGGAUAUUUCUCUAAACAAAUCCUUAUUGUCGAUUGUGGUCAGCUUUAA